UCACAUCCUACACCUGUGUAUAGUCUAGUCUGUAAGUGUAUAUCCUGUGCAUACUUAACCAGCGCUUAUAAAUAUCGAGAGAGAACAAAUUGAUUUUAUUUUGGUUCUUUUGUGAUAGGGGAAGACUCUUCUUCUUUAAAACAAAAUCUAUUGUUAGUCACUUGCAAUUCCUUGUCAACAAACGAAUUGGAGGUUAGAUUUGUUAGUAGUUAAAAUUCAUAUUAGCUUCCUAUCCUACAUCCUAAGGAAUUGUAUUCUGAAAUUGAUCAAGUGGUUUGUUCCUGAAAGGGCGAACGGCUUGCUUGUCUUUACAUGUGUAGGGAAUACCGAGAUAUCAUUCUAGUUGGUUUUUGUUGAGAUGGCUAGUUUUCAUUUAUUAGCUUCCUACGCUACUAUUAUCCUCGCAAUCAUUGCAGGCAUUACAUAUGCAACAAGGAGUAUCUGGGGACCACGUUUGCACAGAUUUCGAUACUCGUCCGUGCACGAUUCGUUUGAGUCUGAUAUUCAAAACGGAUUAACGUCCAAUUCUUUUGACCUAUUCCAGAACGUGCUAUCGCAGGAUUCUCGGGCCGGCCUUGAUGAGAUAUCCUCUAGGGAAAUAAAGGGCAUAAUGAAGAAACAACAAUGCUCGUUCGAUCAAGCCCGUCUCAUUUAUCUUCGAGAUACGAUGAGUAAAAACAACAUUGAUCCCUCCGGACUUCCCCUAGACAGUAAGGCUAUAACUAAGCUUUGAAGUGUUAUAGGAAUGAAUAUACAAUCCAUACAAUGAUUGUGUAUAGUGGGGACGUUGUACUAUGAUUCAAUAUGCGGGUUCAACAACUUGGUUUAUACAUCCUCUAUUGCUUUUUCUGCAUGAGUUUUAUUAUCUCUUUUUAACGACAUCUCAUCAUCUGUUCCCUUUUGGGGGUAUGUUGUUUCAGUUUUGCUGAUUCUCUCGCAAUGUUUACAUAGUUUUUCUUUUUACUCGACUUUAUAAUUUUACGUUUGGAGUAAUACUCCGUCAUGCUUUUUAAUGAGAGAAUACAAGGCACAAAACUGUAUAUUGAAAGCCUAGUCUUGUCAGAGUUGUCUUUGAUCUGACUUUUGUUUAUUAAUGUACUGCGUUUUGUUUCACUAUUUAAACUACGUUGUGUUAUUCUCAUUUUGUAAUC